GAUAGCUGGUACGUCAGCAGCAGGAUGGCUGUAGCUGCGGCGGCGGCGGCUGCAGGCAGCGCGGCCGCAGCGGUGGUGGCGGCGGCGGCGGCAGCAGCUGCAGCAGCGGGGCGGGGGGCGGUGUAAGAUGGCGGCGCUGCGGGAGGGGGGCAGGUAUGGCGUGUCCUGCGGCAGGGGCACCCAGGACAACAUCACGGUGCUGCACGUCAAGCUGACCGAGACCGCCUUCCGGGCUCUGGAGAGCUACCAGGGCAGCAAGAAUCUUAUUGCUUCUCGACCCUCAAUCCAGUUUCAAGGACUCCAAGGGCUUGUCAAAAUUCCCAAAGCUGAUCUCCCAAAUGAAGUGCAUAACUUUAACUUCUACUUGUCAAAUGUUGGCAAAGAUAAUCCUCAGGGAAGCUUUGAUUGUGUCCAGCAAACUGUUUCAAGUUCUGGAGCCUCGCAACUCAAUUGUCUGGGAUUUAUACAGGAUAAAAUUACAGUAUGUGCAACAAAUGAUUCUUAUCAGAUGACAAGAGAACGCAUGACCCAGGCAGAAGAAGAAUCUCGCAACCGCAGUACAAAGGUCAUAAAACCUGGUGGGCCUUUUGUAGGUAAAAGAGUACAGAUCCGGAAAGCACCACAGAGUAUUCCAGAUGCAGUGCCUGAAAGGAAAAGGUCAAUGCCCAUCAAUCCUGCAAAUACAAUACGAAAGACCCACGUAAACAAUGGUGUUUCACAGCGGCCAUACAGGGACAGGGUGAUUCACUUACUGGCACUGAAAACCUACAAGAAACCAGAGUUGCUUGCUCGCUUGCAAAGAGAUGGUGUUAAUCAAAAAGACAAGAACUCCCUUGCAGCUAUCCUUCAGCAGGUAGCGAACUUGAAUGCCAAGGACAACUCUUACACGCUGAAGGAAUAUGUAUUUAAAGAGAUCCAAAAAGACUGGCCUGGGUACAAUGAGAUAGACAGACAGUCAUUGGAGUUAUUACUUUCUAGAAAGCUAAAUUCAUCUCAGAAUGCCACCAGCACCAGUCAUUUGGAAUCUCCUCUAAGUUCUUCUAAAGAUGCUGCAUCUGCUUCUCCUUCCCAGAAACGGCUAUUGGAUUCAGAUUUUAUUGAUCCUUUAAUGAAUAAAAAACCAAGAAUAUCUCACCUUACCAACAGAGUUCAACCAACAUUAAAUGGUCAUUUGACUGCUUCCAAUGAGAGAACUGCUGCUGCUCCACCACCACCACCUCCCCCUGCAGCUGCUGCCACUCCAACCCCUCCAACACUUCCUUCAACUCGCCUUCCUAUUUCAAACCCUCUUCAGCCGGUAAACUCUAACUCCAAUUCCCCUAGCACUCCUGAAGGCCGGGGAACUCAAGACCUGCCUGUUGAUAGUUAUAGUCAGAAUGGCAGCAGCAUCUUUGAGGACCAGCAAGAAAAAUAUACCUCUAGGACUCCUUCAGAAAUGCCAGCACCCACUGCAGUUGAGUUAACGUGUCCAAAGUCAACAGAUGAGAUACAUUCAGUAUUGCACAAAAAAUCCAAAAAGAAGUCAAAAAAACAUAAGGAGAAGGACCAAAUCAAAACACACAACAUGGAGAAUAUGGAAGAGAAGGAAAAAGACCUUAAAGAAGAAAUUGUCAAGCAGAAAACGUCCAGUUUGGAUUCAAGUGAAGGUGUUAAAGAGACUUGCACUGACUCUACAGAUCCUUCAUCAACAAGUGAACUACCAGACUACUUUGUAAAAUAUAUAGCUAUUGUCUCAUAUGAGCAACGCCAGAGUUACAAGGAUGACUUCAAUGCAGAGUAUGAUGAAUACAGAAGCUUACAUGCUAGGAUGGAGAAUGUCACUAGAAGAUUUAUGAAACUUGAUGCUCAGCGUAAGCGCCUUUCUCCAGGAUCUAAGGAGUAUCAGGUAGUUCAUGAGGAAGUCCUACAGGAAUAUCGGAAGAUCAAAGAGUCUAGUCCCAACUAUCAUGAGGAAAAGUACAGAUGUGAAUAUCUCCAUAACAAACUGGCUCAUAUUAAAAGACUAAUAGGUGAAUUUGACCAACGACAAGCAGAGUCAUGGCACUAAAGCUCUGCUUGGACCAGAAGAUGUGAAUAAACUUAAGCUUAUUUAUUUAAAAUUCCAAAUGAGUUGCUCUAAGAGUCUAAAAAGAUAACUUUUGCAUUACAAAAGUUUCAGUAUUAGCAGACCUGAGUUACUACUUUUGUUGUUGUUGAGGUUGCUUCUCUGCAUAUUUGAAGCUGCUUUUUUCUGGUCCCUUCUUUUCCUUAAGACUAUGUUCGUCCAUGGAAAUCAUUUUACCAGUAGAUACUGGGGACUCAGUAUCUUUACUUUGAAGUUGUGCACAUUAAAACAAUGUAGCAAGUUGAAAUGCUUUGGGAUAAAUAUAGGCCUGUUUUCUGACCUUUUUUUGUUAAUUCAAACUCUUUGCCUUAAAUGGUAGAAGGUUUAAAAUUUGCACAAAAAUUUUAAAGAACGUGAAAACAUUAUUUGGAGGGUUAAAGAGGUGUGUGUGUGUAUAUAUGAAAGCUAUAUACAGCCUCUUCAUUGACAAUAGUAAUUUACCCCUGCAACUUAAACCCCCACUGCAAUGGUUGCCUUAAGGUGUUUGCUAGUGUGUGCUUAGUGUAGUUAAAUUAUUAGCUACACUGCUUCCCAUUUUAUUAAAACAGCGGGAAGCACUCUGUGGCCUACCAGCAUCUGAAAGUGUGUGCUUGUACUGUAUGUGUGCAAGGUUGUGUGGGUGUGAGCAUGAUGAGAGAAGAAAAAAAACUGCUGCUCCAAGUAGGCCAAAUGCUCAGGUUAAAACAACUGAGGAGUGUUGCUGUAGGUUUUUUCCUAUAAAAUUGCUACUUCUAUUGUGGAAGAUGAAAGCAUUUCCAUUUCAACAGUUUGUCAGCUUUAUUAGUGUUGGGAAAAAUUGAUUCUUUACAAAAAUUGAACAGAUCUAUAGUUUUUGGGCAAAAUUAUAAAAUUCAACAUGUAGGUGACCUAUUUAUAUACUGCUAUAAAGUAUUUUUUUGAAGAGAGAUAUGCCAAGAAGCUAUUGCCUACAUGAAAUGUAUAUUUAAAGAGUUUUCUCCUGGGUGCCAGGAAUAUAACAAAGAACAGAUAUAUUUAACUAUAAAAUACUGUGAUCAUCAAACAGCACAAACUUUCAUUUCAUGCAGUUUAUUGCUUUAAUUUGAUUUAAACUGUCACUUUAUCAUUGUGGGAACAUAAGUUAUUUGGUCAAAAAAAUAAGCAUUUUGGAUUAAUCUUUGUUUACUUGUCUUAUUGUAUUUGUCUUUUCAAAGUGCUGCCAAUUGAAAACGGAAGCAUUAUGUUUACAAAUCUAAUUUUGGAAUGUUUGCCAAAAUUUUGGUAGUAUCUUUAAUAAACUUUAUCUCCAGCAUCAAAAAAAAAUUGUUGUGUAUCACUGUAAACCAGAAAAUGUUUUAUAGAAAUGUCAGAAAGUGUACACUACAAUAACUGGAACAGUGAAGUGCACGUUUAGUAUCAAUCCUUUUGAUGCAUUACUUUAACUAGUGAGAUUCAAUAGGAGGGAUUUGUCUUCCAAGUUAAUGAGAUCUUUGUUACACUACAGAUAUGUAAGGAUUUUCAUUAUUUAGUACCAAGUUGAUAUCUCUAACACUAUGAUGAGAUUUCAGUUGCUUUUACUUGAUUAAUUGUAACUGGUACAAUCAGCAUGUUAAGUUUUUAAUUACUUGAACAUUUAUUAAAAAUGUAAGACUAUGCAAAGGAAAUUGCAUGCUUCCCAAUGAAAUAAAUGUCUUUGAGGGCUGAAUUAAAUCCAGACAUGUUAUGCAAAUGUGUAAACUUGAACACAAUGCCUUGUCCCGUGACUUAAGUUUUAGUAUAACAACUUUUGAUGUUGAUCCAUUAGCAACAAUGAAAUGACAAUAGCUGUAUUGUUCAGGCUAAAUGUAUGGUUCUAAAAAUGGUCUAUUUUAGGCACUAAGUGUUCUCCUAUUUGAAAUGUAACUGCAGGCCAAAGCACAGACUUUGUAACAUCUACUCCAUUGUUACUCUAAAGCAGUGACAGUAUAUGUAGUAAUUAUCUUAGUGCCUACUUUGUGUGAUACCAUGACUUUAUAAAAUAGACUACUGCAAUUGAAGCAUUCAUAUGGUCUUCCUGUACAAAAGGAAUCACCUGUGCUGGCAUACAUCUUCUGGUUUAUAGGCAUCUAUUGCAGCUGGAAGUUGAUCUUUCAUAGAGAUCUAGCAUUGCUUAUCAUAGACCCGACAAACGACUUUAAAAGUCUUAAUCUAAAUUUUGACCUUUUGCAUUCAGCAUUUCUCAAAGUUUCCCUAGAGUGUACAUUCCUGUUGAACAAAUGUCCAAGCCUAUUGAAGUGAGGCCUCUAAUAGUACUGCCUGUCACACAAAGUUUGCCAUCUCACUCAAACAGAUUAAACUUUUUGCAAACAGUGGCAAAAACUUGGCUUGCGUUACACUACUGUUAAUACAACACUGCUGGUGAAGGGGAGCCAGUUUGUAUCUGGUUUUAGGAAAUCCAGUGAGUCUUGCAUUUGAAGAAAACUGAUGAAACAUUUGAAAUGCUGUUUUGAGAGCAUAGGGAAUAAAUAGCUGUCCACUGUUGGCAAAACCUUCAUACGCAAAUGGCGUAGUUUUUCAGUGUUACUAGUUUGUUAAUCUGGGAGGAAUUGAGGGGGCAAGUUAGCACAUUUUUUAAAUUGUAGAUGUUAAGUGAUUGAAAACAUAAUUCAGACAAAGUUUUAGCUCUUUUUGCUGGCUAUUUUCAAUGUUUUUUUUUUAAAUUGGGCAUUAAAUUUUCUAAGUAUCCAGUUGAUUUUGCAAGUUUUACAAUAAAUUUGCCCUAAAGAUAUUUAAAUAGGAUGCUAAGUGAAGCAUAUGCAGGCAUAAGUGUUGGAUGCACAUAACUGAAGAUGCCUUAAACAAAAAUUGGAUUGAUUAAGCAGUUCAUAUACUGUAACUUAUUUUAAACUAAUAGAAAUUUCACAGCUAGUCUUUCUGCCAAUGUAAAUGUGCAUUCAUUCCAUAUUAGCUUGGAAGUCUCUUUACAGCUAAUUAUUUUCAUAAAUGUUACAAAUUUUUUCAUGUGUACCUAAUGGGAAGAGACAUGGCUAGCACUUGAGUAGCCUUUUCAGUUUGGGGGAAGGAUACCAAAGGAAGUAAUGGAAUGUUAGACAGCACUGUGGUAAUGUGAAGAAAAACAGGGCUGGAAUCUCCCUUUCUGCCUUUUUUUAAAUGUUUUUAAAAAACUAUUUUUCAAUAAUUGCACACACUGUGCUAAGAGUCCUAAAGCAAAACACCCCAGUGGAAUUUUAACUAAUGAAAAUUUGAACUAUUGUUGCCCCUCUGUUCUAUAUCAGUUUAAGUUCAAUAAAAUGUUAACUUUGCAAUUCUGGCACUUACUUUG